CAAAUCAAACGUCUUGGACGAUGUUUCUGUGUAGAUUGCGCUCGUGCCGACUCCAUCACAAUACGUGGAAAGCGUGAGUUUCUCGACUCCGAUUCAACAUGUCAAAUUUUUCUUGAAUUUCUAACGAAUAUUCACAAGAAAAGCAAAAACCAACGCGUAGAUAGCCUUUUGUUUACCGAAUAGCUUUUCCGGCUUGGCGUAGACUGAGAAAUUAUAAAUUUUUUCGUGGUGCAUAACGUGGUAAAUGAACGACACGAUGAGCGCACCCCAGGGGCAAGUGAAAUCAAGAAACGGAGUAGUAAAACAGGUUACUUCGGGGGAUACCAUUGUUAUUCGUGGCCAGCCUAUGGGUGGCCCUCCUCCAGAAGUUACUAUUACUCUUUGUAAUAUUACUGCUCCAAAAUUAGAACGGUGGAAAGGAAAUGAUAGUAUGGAUGAAAGUAAAGAUGAACCAUAUGCUUGGGAAGCUAGAGAAUUUUUACGUAAGAAACUCAUUGGUCAAGAUGUAUCUUUUGUUACAGAAAAAUCAAUUAAUACAAACAGAACAUAUGGUACUGUGUGGUUAGGAAAAGAUAGAAAUGGAGAGAAUGUAAUUGAAACAUUAGUAUCUGAGGGCUUGGUAACUGUAAAAAAAGAUACCAGAAAUCCCAGUCCUGAACAAACCCGAUUAAUUGAACUAGAAAAUACAGCUAAAGCAGCAAAGAAAGGAAAAUGGUCGGAGUCACCAAGUUCUGAACAUAUACGCGAUGUAAAAUGGACUGCUGAUGAUCCUCGCAAAUUGGUUGAAAAAUUUGGAAAGAAGCCAGUAAAGGCUAUUAUUGAAUUUGUGUUUGACGGAUCUACAGUGAAAGCACUUUUAUUACCUGAUUUUUACAACAUAGUAUUAAUGAUAUCGGGUGUCCGUUGCCCUGGAUGGCCAAAUGGAAGACGUGAAACUUCAGUAGGUGAUCCGUACGCAGAUGAAGCAAGAUAUUUUGUAGAAUCCCGCCUUCUACAUAGAGAUGUUGAAAUAGUACUUGAAUCUGUUAAUAAUAACAAUUUCAUUGGUAGCAUUCUUCAUCCAAAGGGUAAUAUUGCCGAAAUUUUAUUGAGUGAAGGUUUCGCUAAAUGUCAGGAUUGGUCAAUUAACAAUAGCAGAGCUGGUGCAGAGAAACUUUAUCUUGCAGAAAAAGCUGCAAAAGAAGCACGUUUACGUUUAUGGAAAGAUUACAAACCAUCAGGUCCACAAAUAGAAUUUACCGGUACUAUUGUCGAAAUUGUCAAUGCAGAUGCACUUAUAAUUAGGACACAAAAUGGAGAAAACAAAAAAGUGUUUUUGAGCAGUAUUCGACCACCGUCCAGAGAAAAAAAAUCUAAUGAGGAGCCAAAUAAUGCAACUAAAAAAGAUUUCAAACCUCUUUAUGAUAUUCCAUGGAUGUUAGAAGCACGUGAAUUUUUACGUGAGAAAUUUAUUAGGAAAAACGUAAAAAUCGUGGUUGACUAUACUCAACCUGCUAGAGACAAUUUCCCAGAAAAAUUAUGUUGCACUGUUACUUGCGGUAAAACGAACAUUGCUGAGGCUUUAGUUGCACGAGGUCUGGCAAGAGUUAUCAAGUACAGGCAAAAUGACGAUCAACGUUCUUCUCACUACAACUUGUUACAAGUUGCAGAAAGCAAGGCAGAAAAAUCUCAACAUGGUUUACAUGCAAAGAAGGAUAUUCCUGUACAUAGAUUAGUAGACCUUUCUAAUGAUCCACCAAAGGCAAAGGCAUUUUUAACAUCGCUUAAACGAGCGCAGGGCAUUAAAGCUGUGGUUGAAUUUGUUACGAGUGGUUCGCGUCUAAAAUUAUUUUUGCCAAAAGAAGAUCAACUCAUUACGUUUGUUUUGGCUGGUAUAAGAACUCCACGAUGUCAAAGAUCAUUGCCAGGUGGUGGUAUUGUUAAAGCAGAUGAAUAUGGUGAGAAAGCAUUAGCCUUCACUAGAGAACAUUGCUUCCAAAGGGAUGUAGAAAUAAAAAUUGAAAGUACAGAAACUAAAGGAAGUGGAUUUAUUGGAUGGUUAACUGUAAAUGAUAUCAAUAUGUCUGUUACUCUUGUUGAAGAAGGUCUCGCAGAAGUAGUUACUUUCCCCGAUUUCGGAGAGUUAACAAGAACGCUUAAAGCUGCAGAAGAACGUGCCAAAACAAAGAAAUUAAAUAUGUGGAAGAACUAUGUAGAAGUGCAAGUUGAAAAUGAAAAGAACGAAAGCGAUAAAGAAAUUGUUGAAAGAAAAAUUGACUAUCAAGAAGUAGUACUUUCUGAAGUUACCGAAGAUCUUCAUUUUUAUUCGCAAAGUGUUGAUCAACGUAGUAUGUUGGAAAAUUUACUUUUGCAAUUGCGUCAAGAAUUAGCAUCCAAUCCACCACUUCCGGGUGCUUAUAAGCCCAUUAGAGGUGAAUUAGCAGUUGCCAAAUUUACUGGCGAUGAUGAGUGGUAUCGCGUUAAAAUAGAGAAGGUUUUUGGUACAAAUGUCAGUGUAUUUUAUGUCGAUUAUGGUAACAGAGAAGUAAUUAAUGUCACAAGAGUUGCGGAUUUACCGUCAAGAUUUGCUAAUGAUAAACCCUAUGCUCACGAACAUGUUCUCGCAUGUGUUGCACUUCCAAACGACAAUGAUGACAAAAAAGCGGCAGUUGAAAUAUUUAAGGAAGAUGUCAUGGAUAAAAUUUUAUUAUUGAAUACAGAAUUUAAGCUAAAUAAUAUUACUGCUGUAACUUUAGUUAAUUCUUCUACUAAUGAUGAUAUUGCGAAAGGACUUAUUUCUGAUGGGUUAUUACUCGUUCAGAACCAACGCGAUAGAAGACUUACUAAAUUGAUUGAAGAAUAUAAGAAAGCAGAAGAAGAUGCAAAGCAUAAUCGACGUAAUAUUUGGAGAUACGGUGACAUACGAGCAGACGACGAAAAAGAAUUUGGAUUGUAAAGAACUAAAUGCUCAAGGAAGGACUGGUUAAAAAGUGAUCAAUACAGGGAAAAAGACAUGUUACGAACUGCAUAAUAAUUAUGUAAGAAACCAUUACAUAGAUUAACGAAAAAUAAUAAAUGUCCAUAUGAGAGUUAUAUGUUGCAUUGAUUAUGAUGCAGUUAUACUUCAUUGCAUAAAAAUAUGAAUUGUACAUAACAAUUUCAUUAAUUCUUGUAAUUUUUAAACGAAACAGUGACAUAAUAUAUUGCAUAAUAUAUUGUCAUCAAUCAUUGUUUGUAUUUCAAUGUAAAGUUCUGUCAUUAAUGAACUUCAAGAAUUUCAUGGUUAACUGUUUUAAAAUUUUCACAAUUUAUGUGCAAUUUAUUUUUAAUCAUGUGCAUUAUAAUUGUGAAAAAUCAUUUCUUUUCCUUUCUACAAAUUUACAUUACAUUUAAAGUCAUAUGAAAAUGGUAUGAAUGAAUAUAAAAUCCAUAAUUGUAUAUUUUGUCAAACAUACUCAUUUAAGUAUGUAAGAAUUUAUAUUAAGAAAGUAUAUUAUAUUUUGAUUAAAAAUAGAUCAUUGGUCAAAUAAUUUCACUAUUAUACGUAAUAUAUUACGUGUAUAUACAAAAAUUUUCACCUGGUAAUAUGAAAAGAUAGACCAUUAUCUUAUAUCUACUUUGUUUCGUAAUUAUAUUUUUAUUUUUCUUGAGAUUGAAAUCAGAAUUACUUUCCUUAAUUUUUCAUAGAUUUGUUUUUUUACAUUAAAAACAUUAAAAACAAAAUAUUUGUUAAAUAAUUCGUUCAUUCUUCUAUUUGCCUGAUAUAAUAACAAACUAUUCUCAUUAUUUUUUUCAUUAAUAGAAUGAAUUAUUUUGGAUAUAAAAUUAAAAGAAUUAUUUCUUUUCAUGAAUAUUGAUGCAAUUUACAUAUGAAUAUACGAUUUGAAAUAAUAUUUCGUAAAUAAAAAGUUAAAUUACUUUGGGGAUAAGUUUCUGAAAAAUGAAAGAAACAUUGAAAAAACUUUUCAAUAAAUUUUGUAUGAAUAUUCAGGUUAAAAGAUUAUGUAAUCAUCGUAUCCUUAAUAAUUUCAAAUACAGAGUUGUGCCCAUAUUUUAUAAUCGAACAUUUAUAAAUUUAUUGGUGCGAACAAGCUUGAUUUAAUGUUUGAACAUUUCAAUAAUUAAUAUAAAUAUAUCAUUGAAAUACAUGGUCAGGCAAGGAAGAGAGCAAUAUAUACUAUAUACGUAUAUUUACAGUAUAAAAUUUAAAAGUGAAAAAUUAAGAACCUUUUAAAUAUGAAUGUAAUAUCAGUUAUAUAAUUUAAAGAUUUGACUGAUUUGUAAUUAUUUUAUAGUGACUCAUGUUACACAUAUGUGUACUGCAAAUAAACUAUGAAACUUUUUUAUUUA